AUGUGGAUGGAGCUCAGCAUCAACCCCAAGCCUUUCAACCUCUACUCCUUCAAAAACAGCUACCCUGUUGGAGAGUUACAGGAUGUCACCAAGUUCACUACCGAUAUUAGCAGUUGGUUGCAACUGUUUGGGUUCCAGCUCCACAAUGUUGUCCCUGGUUAUCCCAAGCCGGAGGUGGAGAGCAUGGAGCAAACCUACGCAAUGAUGAGGGCUCGACACAAGACUGGGACCCUUGUAAGGUUAUGUUGGGUAUCCAGUGUGAGUUGCAGAAACACCUGAAGAACUUCAUCUCUCUGGACCUGCUGCCUAUGAGUAAGGUGAGUGGUCAGCUGGGGGUGUGGCAUGGCUAGAGGCCCCGCUUCUCUGCCAUCUCCUCCAUCUUUGGUAAGGGCGUCAAGUUUGCCAUCAGAGAUAAUGUCGUCAUCACCGAAAUUAUUGGGGUUGCGAGCGAGGCCAGCGUGUGGCAGCAGUCCUAAACCACGUGAUCUACCUGUCAGGCCUGCACUUCACGGUGGGCGGUCUGGACACUCACUACUUCAUCAAGCCUGGUCUGAUGGAGGGGGACCUGGGUGUGGUCGGCCACACCGGAGCUGGUUGCGUCCUGGACAACGGCGCCUACAUGACCUUGUCCCAGAUGACGACAGUGGUGGGUGCUUCACUGACAUCCAGAUACAGCACAGGACUCUGUGCUUCAACAUCCGCAACUGUGCCACAGAGGAGGAGGAGAGGGAACAUGUGCUGGAGGUGGAACGGCACAGGGCGGUGAAGCAGGCAUGGGUCAUAGAGCAGAGGAGGAAGGAGAGGAGGGCUCCAGGCUCUGGACAGAAAGGGAAAGGGGAUACCUAGUCAGUUGCACAACUGAAUGCAUUCAACUGAAAUUUCUUCUGCAUUUAACCCAACCUCUGAACUCUCUGAAUCAGAGAGGCAGCAGCUGCUCUCCACUGGACAGGUGUGACGGCUACUUCAUCCUCUCCGUGGAGCAGUACCUGGAGUUCUCUGACAGUGCCAACAAUAUUCACUUCAUGAGGCAAAAUGAAAUAUGGAGGAGGUAACAGCGGCAUCGUGCUUCACUACUGCCGUGGGUUCCCCUUCACCAAAGACGGUUUUUAGACAUAAUUUACAAUGAUUUGUUGUACUGUUUUUUUCCUAGAAUGAUGAUGAUAAAUAAAUAAAAAAAGACAACUGGCUUUAAAAGUGACAAAUUAUGGUAUUUCGUUUCACCUGUGUUCUGAUUGUUUUGUUUCGUCUGGGAAUGAGUUGAUCAUUUGAAACGCUUGACUAUCUUUCAUUUACGAGUGACUUAGCUAGUUUAUGUAAUUUGACCUACUUUGUAAGCUGUUAGAUAUGCUGAAUCUGAGAUGACAGACGCCUUAUCAAGUUCAUUACCAUAUAAUUAAUCUUCAUACAUACUGUAUGUAUAACAGUGUCACGGUUAAUAAGGAAGUGGUCAGAUGAUGCAGAUGCUAAGCUACAGGACUGUUUUGCUAGCACAGACUGGAAUAUGUUCCGGGAUUUUUCCGAUAGCAUUGAGGAGUACACCACAUCAGUCACUGGCUUCAUCAAUAAGUGCAUCGAUGAUGUCGUCCCCACAGUGACCGUACGUACAUACCCCAACCAGAAGCCAUGGAUUACAGUUGUGCCGACGACACAACAGUGGUAGGCCUGAUCACAGACAACGAUGAGACAGCCUAUAGGGAGGAGGUCAGAGACCGAGCCGUGUGGUGCUAGGAUAACAACCUCUCCCUCAACGUGAUCAAGAUAAAGGAGAUGAUUGUGGACUACAGGAAAAAAAAGAGGACUGAGCACGCCCCCAUUCUCAUUGACGGGGCUGUAGUGGAACAGGUUGAGAGCUUCAAGUUCCUUGGUGUCCACAUCACCAACAAACUAUCAUGGUCCAAACACACCAAAACAUUUGUGAAGAGGGCACGACAAAGCCUUUUCCCCCUCAGGAGACUGAAUAGAUUUGGUAUGGGUCCUCAGAUCUCAAAAAGUUCUACAGCUGCACCAUCGAGAGCAUCCUGACUGGUUGCAUCACCACCUGGUAUGGCAACUGCUCAGCCUCCGACCGCAAGGCACUACAGAGGGUAGUGCGUACGGCCCAGUACAUCACUGGGGCCAAGCUUCCUGCCAUCCAGGACCUCUAUACCAGGCGGUGUCAGAGGAAGGCCCUAAAAAUUAUCAAAGACUCCAGCCACCCUAGUCAGACUGUUCUCUCUGCUACAUCACGGCAAGUCUAGGUCCAAAAGGCUUCUUAACAGCUUCUACCCCCAAGCCAUAAGACUCCUGAACAGCUAAUCAUGGCUACCCGGACUAUUUGCAUUGUCCCCCCCCACCCCACCCCAUCCCCCUCUUUUACGCUGCUGCUACUCUGUUUAUUAUUUAUGCAUAGUCACUUUAACACUACCUACAUGUACAUAUUACCUCAAUUACCUCGACUAACCGGUGCCCCCGCACAUUGACUCUGUACCGGUACCCCCUGUAUAUAGCCUUCCUACUGUUAUCUUAUUUUACUUCUGCUCUUUUCUUAUUUUUUACUUAUCUAUUUUUACUUAACACUGCGUUGUUGGUUAAGGGCUUGUAAGUAAGCAUUUCACUGUAAUGUCUACACCUGUUGUAUUCGGCGCGUGUGGCAAAUAUAAUUUGAUUUGAUUUGGUGGCAACUUAAUUGGGGAGGACAGACUUGUGGUAAUGGCUAGAGCAGAAUUAGUGGAAUGGUAUCAAAUACAUGGUUUCCAUGUGUUUGAUGCCAUUCCAUUUACUCAGUUCCAGCCAUUAUUAUAAGCCAUCCUCCCCUCAGCAGCCUUCACUGAACAGUGUUGUGAAUUGCUCUCAUUUCAGUUUAUACAGUACAUAUCUCUCUGUGAUCUCUUGAGAAAUUGUAGUGAAAACUACUGUCAUCUUUUGUGAGUACGAGACUCACUGGCAUCUUGGAUUUUGCUGCUUCCUGCUUAUUUGACGUUCUGGUGGUACAAUGGACUGUGUGGGUUUAGACAAAUUAAAUUGCAUAUAGCAAGUGCCUUUUUCAUCUCGUUAAUCCCAUCUAUAGAAUUGAUCACUGGAGUUACACAGAGCAACAGGAAAAAGUAUUCAUGCUGAACCUGUUCAGUAUAAUGAACUUUUUUUUUUACAAAUUGCUUAUUGUAAAAUAUAAUGUAUUAUCCUGGUGGAGCUCCUUCCAUAUCAUGAAAAGUGUUAUUAUUUAUAUCAUAUAUUCACUGGACUAGAACGUAGAGCUUGCAGGGCAGACUAUAGUGGCCUACACAAAGUGCUACAUCAUAGUGUAAAUGCUGCAAAUACCUCAUGUUGUAAUUCACAGGUAUUACAUUCAUUGUACCUUAAUUGUCAUGAUGCAUUUACAAGGCUAUCCUUACCAGUCCCUGUUCAGUUAGACAGAACUGUCCCAGUAGUAGAAAUAUCCGAGCUAGCAAGUCAAUUGGCAGACAGUACAGUAGAUAAGUCUCACUAAGUAAUCCAAAAAUCAAGAAUUAGUUGUAAGAAUCAAUGGUUUGCGUGGUACAAAAAGGUGAUAAGCUUGUAAAAAAUGUCCAUACAUGUAGGACAAGGCACACUUAAAGUUUAUCAAGUGGGUAGAAGUAUAUACUACAUAUCAGGAGUGGGAAAUCAGAGCAGGGUGAAAAGCAGACAGAAGAGGACAGUGGGUAUCUUACAAGAGCCUGAGUGUGUACUAGUUAAAGGUCAAAUGUAGUAGAGGUGGAGGAGGAUUUUUCAAAGAGAAAUGCACACAGAGAGUAGAAAUGCAAACAGACGCCUCACAGGUCCUAAACUGGCAGCUUCAUUAAAUAGUACCCGCAAAACACCAGUCUCAACGUCAACAGUGAAGAGGCGACUCCGGGAUGCUGACCUAGGCAGAGAUGCAAAGAAAAAGUCCAGUGUCUGUGUUCUUUUGCCCAUCUUAAUCUUUUCUUUUUAUUGGCCAGUCUGAGAUAUGGCUUUUUCUUUGCAACUCUGCCUAGAAGGUCAGCAUCCCGGAGUCGCCUCUUCACUAUUAAUAAUAAUAUGCCAUUUAGCAGACGCUUUUAUCCAAAGCGACUUACAGUCAUGUGUGCAUACAUUUUUACGUAUGGGUGGUCCCAGGGAUCGAACCCACUACCCUGGCAUUACAAGCGCCAUGCUCUACCAAUUGAGCUACAGAGGACCACAUUUGACGUUUAGACUGGUGUUUUGCGGGUACUAUUUAAAGAAGCUGCCAGUUGAGGACCUGUGAGGCGUCUGUUUCUCAAACUAUACACUCUAAUGUAUUUGUCCUCUUGCUCAGUUGUGCACCAGGGCCCUCCCACUCCUCUUUCUAUUCUGGUUAGAGACAGUUUACGCUGUUCUGUGAAGGGAGUAGUACACAGCGUUGUACGAGAUCUUCAGUUUCUUGGCAAUUUCUCGCAUGGAAUAGCCUUCAUUUCUCAGAACAAGAAUAGACUGACGAGUUUCAGAGGAAAGUUAUUUGUUUCUGGCCAUUUUGAGCCUGUAAUCGAACCCACAAUUGCUGAUGCUCCAGAUACUCAACUAGUUUCAAGAAGGCCAGUUUUAUUGCUUCUUUAAUCAGCACAACAGUUUUCAGCUGUGCUAACAUAAUUACAAAAAGGGUUUUCUAAUGAUCAAUUAGCCUUUUAAAAUGAUAAACUUGGAUUAGCAAACACAACGUGCCAUUGGAACACAGGACUGAUGGUUGCUAAUAAUGGGCCUCUGUACGCCUAUGUAGAUAUUCCAUUAAAAAUCAGCUGUUUCCAGCUACAAUAGCCAUUUACAACAUUAACAAUGUCUACACUGUAUUUCUGAUCAAUGUGAUUUUAUUUUUAUGGACAAAAAAUAGCUUUUCUUUUGAAAACAAGGAAAUUUCUAAGUGACACCAAACUUUUGAAAGGUAGUAUAUAUAGUACCAGUCAAAAGUAUUUUUUUUUUUUUUUUGGGACCAUGUUAAAUUAUCAUUGUCAUUGCGCACACAUUGAUGUCAGAUAUGCACCUACCCCAAUGCUCUGUUGCUGAUGACUGGGAUGAAUGCAGGAGGAGAUUUCCGGAGCAGGACAAGACGCCCUCUUUUUGACUGAUGACUGAUAGAAGGGCAUGUACGAGAUAGGCCUAUCUGGUUUAUAUGAUUAUGAUGGUCAUAAUGCUUCUUGACAGUGUCAUAAAGUAUAUUUUGUUAGUCCAAGUAAAGUGACACAGGAUGGUCAUAAUGCUUCUUGACAAUGUCAUAAAGUGUAUUUUCUAGAAGUUAUUUAAAAUAUGAUGAAAAAAAACUCCUGAGUGGCGCAGUGGUCUAAGGCACUGCAUCGCAGUGCUAACUGUGCCACUAGAGAUCCUGGUUCGAAUCCAGGCUCUGUCGCAGCCGGCCGCGACCGGGAGACUCAUGGGAGGCGCACAAUUGGCCCAGCGUCGUCCAGGGUAGGGGAGGGAAUGGCCGGCAGGGAUGUAGCUCAGUUGAUAGAGCAUGGCGUUUGCAACGCCAGGGUUGUGGGUUCAAUUCCCACGGGGGGCCAGUAUAAAAAAAAUAUGUAUUCACUAACUGUAAGUCGCUCUGGAUAAGAGCAUCUGCUAAAUGACUAAAAUGUAAUGACUGUAAAGAAUUAAUUACAACAAAAACAAAGGAUUUAAGAAACAAACUUUCAAACGAAAGGAAACUUCUUGGCAGGGAAAAAACUAAAUUGAAUAAAUGUGGGUUUUAACACUCUUAUGUAGGUGUCAUAACCAGCCAUAAAAUAAUGCAAUAUAUAUAUCAUAACAGGUGUAAAUAUUUGGGUUAUGUCAGCUGUUAUGACACGUUAUGACCGUGUCAUAACGUGUUAUGACACUGGGUUUCAAGUAAAGUGUUACCGUAUACGGUAUAACAUAUUUUGGGUAAAUUAAUUGAUAGUACUCAUUGGUGGUCCUAUUAAUGAUAUUCUCUUAGUUUGGUAAAUGAGUCUGAGAGCGAAAAGGGUGUGAUUGCCAAGAUACAUUUCUGUACGGGAUACUGUGUAGACUGACGUUAUGAAAACGCUUGACUGGAUUUUCUACUCUGUACUUUGACCUAGUGGCAUGUAUUUUCUGUUAGUGCUCCAGGAAGUGGGUGUAAAUAAUGAGAAGUUAAUAUAUUGGGUGUGGAAAGUUAAUGUUCAACACGUUUUUGUAUUUUUUAUUUUAUGAAUCCCAGCUGUUUCUGAACGUUGUGUUUGUGUGUGUAACCAGGAGAGAGCCUUCGGUUGACCCAUGUAGCCAGAGGUCUGGACUCAGAGGGGGUUCUCCUAAUGGACAUCGUUAUCAACGGCUUUGUCCCUCCAACAUUAUCAACCUCCCAUCUCAAUCUGCAGGUGUGUAAUGACCAACACUGUCAUCCUAAGGCCAGCUCAAGUCCCUGACCGUGACUAACCAUGACAGGCUAUCUCUUAAUUAAAUAUAUAAAAUAUAUAAAAUAUCUCUAAUAUGAUAAUUGCUUUGUGUCCUGCAGGAGUUUGAUGAGUCGUACGUGCAGACGGGACCAGGGCAGCUGUACUCAUGGUCGUCCCAGGCCUUCCAGAGAGCAGGCAGUCCCAUGGUGCUGCGCUGUAACCACUCCAUCAUCUAUGAGGGCCGAGAUGAGCGCCAAGGGCCCCUGUUGCAGCUGCUCAAGGUGUCCCAGAUGAGUGGCAUCUACAGCAUGUUCACUCUCAGUCUGGACUUCCAGAUCACAGCCUCACUACUCCUACCAGGUCAGUGCUAACAUAAGACAGACUUACACAAAACAGACAGGCAGACACUUGACUUUAAAAUGAUGUACUGUAGCAAACAUGUUACAUUUUAGUCAUUGUAGUUGUUUAAAUGUAAGUUGGGAUUUAAUUGGUUCAUGGACUAAAGGUGGUGCUCUGAAUGUUUAGAUGGUGAUGGAGAAACGUGCCCGAAAGGUUUUGUUCUGGAUACAGCCUCUUACUGUGCUGGUAUGUUUUUGUAUACUUUUGCCUUCUGUGAUUUUAAAAUAAAAUAAAAAAGCUAAAAAAAAGCAAUGUAUACCGGAGCAAAUCAUUAAUAUGAAAAUAAUCAAAAUACCCUUUUUGGAUUUACCAAUAUUAUUUUGUAUUGCAGUGUAUUAUAAUGUAUUACAACAAUACUAUUACAAUGGAUUACGGUAAAAUGAACUCUUGCAGAAAAUCUUAAUAAUCGGUAACUGUUGGAUCGUUAGAUGAGGAUGAAUGUGCUGCAGAGUCGCCCUGCUCUCAUUCCUGCAACAAUGUGAUGGGUGGCUUCUCCUGUGCCUGUCCCUCCGGCUUCACCAUCUCCCCAAAGACCAACACAUGCCAAGGUCAGCCCCAGGAAACACUCUCACUGAAUGCUGUACACUUUAUCACACCAUUUUAUAUCUCCUAUUUAGAUAUGUCAUUACAUUAGGUUAUCUGUCUGUAUAUGGCUCUGGUAUCAUGUUGAUUUGUAUGCUUUAUCUAGAAGGCAAUCUAUUGUGACAGUUAGAAAAACAUAAAUAUUUACAUUCAUUUAAAUAGUCAGCUAGCUAGCGCACACAAUAUCUGGUUCUGGGUUCCAAGAUUAUCUGAACUGAUAUUAUCGCUGUGAAUGUAUAAACACUGUUGUAGACAGUGUUCUUGUGUUUCACUUCACAUUUGUGGUACCUCUCUGCAGAUAUUGAUGAAUGUGCCCAGGCUUCCCACAUGUGCCACUACAACCAGCAGUGUGUGAACACGGUUGGCACAUACCGAUGCCAGGCUAAAUGUGGACCAGGGUUCAAGCCCAGCACCAUGGGAACCAGCUGUGAAGGCAAGUCUAUUCACAACAAAUGAAAAGUUUAUUUUGGAUAUUCUUUCAGCCACUCAUCAAUUGAAUGGAAUACAUGCUAGUCCAUCCUAUAAAAGGGUGCUGACUAUAAGGCGUAUUAGUAACAGAGUUAGAGCUGUGGUGUGUGUUUCAGAUGUGGAUGAGUGCCAGGAGUCGUCUCUCUCCCCGUGCCAGCAGCAGUGUCUGAACAUCCUGGGCUCCUUCCGCUGUGCCUGCAACCCUGGCUACCAGCUCUCUGGCCACCGCUGUCUGGGUCAGUGGCCCCUGCAGCUCACUGAUGAUAUUUUCAACAGAAUCAAAUGUUUCACACCAGCAUCAUAUGGAAGCAGUACGUUAACUUAUGCAAUCUCUAACCCUUUAUGCUUGUUUGUAAACAGACAUCAACGAGUGCAGCAGGAAUGUGUGCCCAGCUCACCAGCAGUGCCGCAACACAGAGGGAGGCUACCAGUGUUUUGACAGCUGCCCAGCUGGCAUGAGAAUGGGAGAGAAUGGGGCCUGCGUGGGUAAUAAUUCAUGCCUCUAUUACUCUGACUGUUGUUGCAUGCAGGUACACCUUUGUGGCAUGAUAAUGAUGAUCCUACCAUUAAGCCCUGUGUUUACCAACGUUGUGUGUCACAGAUGUGGACGAGUGCCAGGAUGGGAGCCACAUGUGCCGCUACAGCCAGAUCUGUCAGAACAGCAUUGGGGGGUACGGCUGUGUUUGCCCCAGAGGUUACCAGUCCCAGGGGGUGGGCCGUCCAUGCCUGGGUAAGAUGCUUCAUUUUAGCAUAGACAUGUUUUACUACACAAAACAAUAUGCUACUGUUCAAUAAAAUCGUUAUAAGUAGUGUCUGAGUCUUGUUUUGCCUUUUAGACAUUGAUGAGUGCCUACAGACGCCGAGCCCCUGUGCCCACAAGUGCCGUAACGUGCCAGGCAGCUUCCGGUGCCUCUGCCCACCAGGCACUGUGUUACUGGGGGAUGGGCGCUCCUGUGCUGGUCUAGAGAGAGGACAGGCCUUCUCCAACGGUACCCGCAUCAGGGAAAGACUGCGCCCACAGCUGGUGUCAUCGCUCGGUAGGCCCAUCCUCUCACGGCAUCAUGGGGUUUCCCGCAUUACCAGACAGAGCUGCCCCAUAGGCUACACCAACCGAGAUGGCACAUGUGUCGGUGAGUGUCCCUCCCCCUAAAGUAGAAUUCCCUUUGGAAGUAUUUCCCAAUAUAAAGAUGUUGUUAUUAAAUAAUCCCAACCACCAAGGGUACUUUGGUUCUGUCAUCUAAUUGGCAUCUGUGUUUGUGGACAAGAUGGAGAAGAAGCUUCUCAUUUUCCUUGAAUGUCUGUAAGCAAAGGUCGCAAGCAAGGGAGUUUAGUCUGGUACCACUGGUGCCUACCUCAUCAUGUCAUUGAUCUCUGUACAGAUGUGGAUGAGUGCUUGCUGAGGAAGCCAUGCCAACAUGAGUGCCGAAACACAAUAGGCAGUUUCCAGUGCCUCUGUCCUACAGGCUACCAGCUCUUACCCAACGGCAGGAGCUGCAAAGGUAUGGAGAAAACAUACAAUACACAUAACCACCCAUCACGACUAGGUUUGCAUUGCCAAGAACAUACACAGGUACUGAGUUUCCUUUCUGAUGCUUGCAGACAUUGAUGAGUGUACAGUACAAGGCAUCCAGUGUGGACACAACCAGAUGUGCUUCAACACUCGUGGAGGACAUCAGUGUCUGGACACGCCCUGCCCUGCAUCCUAUCAGAAAGGAGGGAGCCCAGGGUAAGGAGCCUCAAUCAACACCACUGUGUGUUGCAAUAUGUGGUUAGUUAGACAGAUUGUUUCCUGGGUAUUUUUUAAAUAUUGUAGUUACCGUAGUUACUUAUCACACCACCAUAAGGUCAUUUUUGUGUAGUUAGCUAUGUAUGUAAUAAGUCACUGACCAUUGGUGCCACAAAACCAUGAAGUGGUUGCUCUGUACAGUAGUUAUGUAUUGUAUGUGUCACUGAACUUUAGAGCCAGCUGAUAACCGACAGUAUCAGUACCUCUGAAAGUGUAACAGUUGACUCUUCUCUCUCCAUGGCAGGACGUGCUACAGACCCUGCUCUUGGGACUGUGCCUCAGGAGGUUCCCCUCUGCUACUGCAGUACAAGCUGCUGACCCUCCCCCUCGGCAUCCCAGCCAAUCACAACGUGGUGCGCCUGUCUGCCUUCUCUGAGGCGGGGGUGUUGCAGGAGAGAACAUCCUUCACCAUCCUGGAACAGGGCAGUGAGGGGGGGGCAGGGGUGGGGGCAGGGGGCCAGAUGUUUGGCAUCAGGGAUGAGGCAGGCAGGGGCAUCAUCUUCACCCUACGGUCCCUGCAGAGGCCAGGACUGGUGCAUCUGAGGGUGCAGGCCACCACCCUCUCCACACAGGGCCGCAUCACAUACCAGAGCAUCUUCAUCAUAUACAUCUCCAUCUCUAGAUACCCCUACUGA